UGCCUAGGGAACGGCGGCGGGACAGUAGCGAGAGGAACGUGAGAAUGACAGGCGGGGUGUCGGGGGCGCGCGUUAUGGGGCAGCUGGAAACUGCGGCAAUCCUGCAGAGAUAAGGACCACAGCAGACCACCCAGUGGAAGCAGAUAACCCCGAACAGUCUGGUCUACUGCUUGCUUUCUCUGCUCGAAUCCUUCUCGCCAGUCACACAGGAGGUCGCCAGGCAUGCUGGAAUCAAUCCGAGUAACCGAAAAGCUCCGGUGGCCAGGGUUGGAGUUGACCAAAAAAUCGGUGCUGUUGAAUCCCACCGAGAAAAAUGGCAGCAGCUUCCAGGAAGUAUCCACCAGCAUUCUGAAAGAAAUAUUCACGGGAAGCAAUGGCUACAACGUCCUACUGCCAUCGAAGGGGGAGAAGAAGCGCACGUCCUCCAGCCAUCACAAGAAGCACCGGAAGUCGGCCAAACCGUCCGCGGUGUUGCGGUACAAGGAUCGCCGGAACCCCAGUGCCUCUCUCCCGCUGGUCGACGAAGCGUGGUGCCUUGGAAACAGGCAUACGCAACUGCUUGUGGGCAACCUGGUUGCCAGCAGUUCAAAGUUCCCCCUCGGCAUAUCUGUGGUGGGAAGUGGCAUUGGCCUGUCGCAAAGGCCGAAAGGGAAGGUAAAAAGGCUUUACUUCUCCAGCCUGCAGAGAUCGCGGUUGCCGAUCGGAACCGGGAAAGACGGUGAGGUUACCACUCGUAGACUCUGCAUCCUGACCGCCGUUAAGCCGUCGAACGUGGAGAGGGAGAAGGUCAAGUUCUUCAAGUCUGAGUUCACCUACAACCCGCAGUUUGAAUACACAAAUCCAGCCCUGCCCAACAUGCUAGCAAGACACAGCGUUGCCUCCGAGAAAUUCCUUCUGCAGGCUAUCAAGAUAAUGAAAAUGGCCCUUCAGAAAUACGGCAGCUAUGAGAAGUUUGAGCAAGCAACUGGCGGGAACCUGCUCACCAAGAGUCGCAUUUGGUUCUACGUGAAGAAGUACAUGGAGAAAGAGAAUUGCCUUGGUGAUAUUGCCGUCCACUUAACAGAUGAUUUGCUUUCUCGUGCGUCUAUGACGAUAGUGAAUGGACGUCCAACGCUGACCAUCAACGUUUCUACCGCCCGUGAACACUGGCUGGAGGGAAUGCUGAGACAUGAGAUAGGUACCCAUUACAUACGGGGUUUGAACAACAACCUACAACCCUGGAAUAACUGGAAUGGCCGCAGGAAACACGGGCUUAAACCAAUCAACCCAACUGAGGAAGGACUCGCUAGUAUCCACAGUGUGCUGUUCCGCAAGGAUCCCUUCCUCUGGAGAGCAGCUCUGCUCUACUACACAGUGUACCAGGCCAGCCACAUGUCCUUCAGCGAGCUCUUCCUCGACAUUGGGAAAUUUGUGGAAAACCCAAAUACGCGGUGGGAUUACUGUGUGCGGGCCAAACGUGGGCAGACUGACACGUCUCAGCCAGGUUGUUUUAGCAAAGACCAAGUCUACCUGGAUGGCAUCCUUAAAAUUCUGCGACACAGAGACAACAUUGACUUCCAACUAUUAACGGCAUUAGGGAAGAUAUCUCAUGAGGACGUGGACCGCUUGAGGAUUAUUGCCAUCUUGCAGAAUGCACAAAUACCUCACUUCAUGCAAGAUCAACUUCGGUAUAUGGAGCAACUGGACAAGAUCAUGAAAGUGAAUGGGCUGACAGAUAAUGAACUGCAGAUUUUGAUCUGAAAGGAACCGUGACCUUGGCAGAUCGAUCCAGUAACAUCGAUCACCAAAUAGUACUUCAUGACUAGAAACAAAUCUAUAAUCAUUCAGAAUUGGAUACAUGUUUGACUGGCAAUUUGUAUUUGGUCAAGUUCAGAAUUUGUAUUUGAAUUGGUCACUUUGAGGCAUUAGGUAAUUUCUAAUUGAGGUUUGAAGUCUAAAGUUAGUAGAUUAUAUAAAUAUAUUUUACUAUGUUAAAGGUAUUGAGAUGAAAGCUAAUUACGUUUUGUAAAAAAAAAAGGAAAAA